CGCACCCGAGUGGCAGCGGAAGUGACGUAUGCGGUCGACGAAUGCGUCCUUAAGGAUGCAGCCUAGCGACUUUGAGACACAACUUGUAUAAGAUAACUACUGCCUUAGCCUAGUGAUCAGACAUCAAUAAUUGUUUUUUUACUACUACAGCAAUCGCGAGCAUUUCCCACUUGCUGAUGUUCGCAAUUCCCACGUGACCUGAAUGUAGCAUUGGUUAGCUCUGCUGCAACAAUGGCCACCAUCUGUCAGAAGUGGAGACCCGACCGAGGUCGCUGUUUCAAAAACUACGGACUUAUUGCGCUUUUGUUUAUGGACCUGGUGUUCCAAUGUGUUAACGGCUACCUGAGCUCGCCUCACGUUGGCCAGGAGCCCUUCCCCAGAGAUAAACCUGUGAUCUCUAGCCCGGUGGUCGCUGCUGCAGCCUCAGUUUCUCCUGCCGAUGAAGAGAGCUACGCUUCAAAGUGUCCCAGUGGAGGAUCUUGUAGCCGCCUGCCAGCUGAUUGCAUGCACUGCAAUUACCAACACAACUGCACCUACAGGAAACCAGCCUCCUUCACAUGUAAACCCAAAAAAGGAGUUCACUGCAUAGGCGAGUCGGGGCAGCAGCAAACCAACUUCUCUCUCUCCAUCAGCUGUCAGUUCUGCUGGCAGCUGGACCCGUCCGAGUACCGCUGCUCCAACUCCACCAACUGCAUGACCGUGUCCUGCCCACGCAAGCGCUACAACGCCACCUGUGACGUGUUGGACCACGUUCACUGUUUAGGAAAAAGACGUUUUCAGAAGCGCUUAUUUUGCAACUGGACCGGCGGAUACAAGUGGUCGACGGCUUUAGCACUCAGCAUCACGCUCGGCGGUUUCGGGGCCGACCGGUUCUACCUGGGCCAGUGGAGAGAGGGCCUGGGCAAGCUGUUCAGCUUCGGGGGCCUGGGCAUUUGGACUCUGAUAGACGUUCUUCUGAUCGGGGUCGGUUACGUGGGACCUGCCGACGGCUCUCUGUACAUCUGAAAGCAGAAGGCCCGCCCCCCUCCCCCCUCCCCCCACCACACACCACCACCACCACCACCACCACACUCUCCACACCGCUCCGCCCUCAAAGAGCGACGAUCGGAGCGGCUGUGUUCACAUGCUCGCUGCGCAUCACUUCCCUAUCCCAUCUGCUAACUGGCAGGAAGUGUUUUCCUCAUUACACCAGGCCCGAGCCUACCCACACAGCCCAUCGGGUCGAUCCCAAUCAUCUGGCCUCCGUCUCCCACUGAGAUCCUGCAGAUGGGCCGGUGCGCGGGGUCAUGAUGUCUUUGUGGUUGCUUUAGGUUUUUGUCGCGCUGAUGCACAGACAUCCUGCCUCCUUGGAGCCAUGUGUUGCCCCUUCCUUAUUGCAAGGCCAAUGUAUCAACGGCGGGGCGAGGUCCAAGUGGUAACCAUGGUAACGUGGUAGUCUGGCGUGAAAUCAUCAAUAUGCGGAAGGGCCUUUGUUCGUCAUUUUCUUUACAGAAGACAACGGUUUAAUUUAAAACAAUGUUAUUUUGUGUUAGUGGUUUACCAUAACUAAGAAAAUCGCCUUACGCUAUUGCUCAAUGGCACCAUUCCUUUUCGUAACUCAAGAUCCAAUGUCGGAAAAUGAAAUGUUACCAUUUAAAGUUCAUAGUAAAAAAAAAACUGCUUGCUACUGUACUCAUACUGUAUUCAUUCUGGACCUUUUAAUAGGACCAGAAAGAAGUGCAGGGGGAAGAACUCAUUUCUGUCGUGACUUGCACCAACGUGUAGUCAUAUUUUUUUCUUCUCCUUUUUGGGAAACGCAGAGAUAAUAAUCUCUCAUUUCUCUGUCUACGUUUUGAAACCCUUGAAAUGUGUUGCACUAGGAAACUGCAGCCCAUUGUGGUUUCCUGUGAUAGAGACGUGUGUGUAUAAUAUAUAUAUCCAAGAUAUUCAGUUGGUAUUUUAUCUCGUUAUCAUUUUACACAGAAUUCUGUUUACUAAAACCUAAGAUUCUUUGCUCCAGUCUACGUGAAACAACAUGGGCUCAUCCGCUCACUAUAUGUAAAUAUAUUUUUCUGUUUUCAGUGUCAGGUCAACUGUUUCACACUGUAAAUGACCUUUUUUUAAGUUAUGUUAAUAAAACUGUUAACUUUG